CACAGGAAAGAUUGAAAGUGACUCUGAUUAGAAACCGGUCCUUUUAGCACCGAUCAAUCCGGCUCUUACUAAAACUCUCACGUCGGUGUUUGUUUCUCCGUGUUUCGUCUUAAAGCUUUCGGGUUGUUUCCCCGGGUACGUCGCGCUCUUUUACCUCCGAGGAUGAAGCCAUGAGUUCAGAGGAAGGAAAACAAAAACGCGUUUUGACUUAAAGAGGAAAAAGUGAAGCGUUAAUAUCAAGUUUUUUUCGACCUCCAGAGCUCACACGGUCUCUUUGCCUCUGCUUCCCCGACAGAAGAGCAUCUUCCCUCGGCUGCUUUACGCGCAAUCGCUCCCCCUUCCUCUCCCUUUCCACCACACCGUCUCCAACUUGUUCUUCCUCCUCCUUCUUCUUUGUGGAUCUUCGGUUCGGUCCCAGAAGAGUCCAGAGUCAGAACAUUUGGCAGAGGGUCGUGUGAGAAGAAGUAGUGCGUCAGGAGCCGAAGCACAGCCCAGCCCUGGAUCCAAUACUGCUGCUCAAUGGACAGAGCCUCCUCAGCGGCCAGCAGCGCUACAGACACGCCGUAAACAACUCGUUCUCUCUGGCUGGAGCUCCUCUGGGGCUGUGGAGGCGGAUGGAGCGAGGCGGGGGGGAGAGUCCUCUCACCCAGGGCAGCCCUGAGCGGAGGGGCAGCCCCGACCUCAGCGCCCUGCCCCCCCCAGGGAAGAAGAGCCGGCUGGAGCUCAACGGGAGCCCCACCGGGCCCCGCAUCCGCCACAACGGGGCCCCGAUGAGGCCCCUCGGAGGUCUGAUGAUCCCUGUGUUCUGCGUGGUGGAGUCUGAUGGGGGGGUGCAGACGGAGGCGGGGGAGGGGAGGGACGAGCACUCCGAGUUCGUGUUGGUGAGGAAGGACAUCCUUUUCUCUCAGCUGGUGGAGACGGCUCUACUCGCCCUCGGAUACUCACACAGUUCGGCUGCACAGGCACACGGCAUCAUAAAGGUGGGCCACUGGAACCCAAUGCCGAUCCACUUCCUGACGGACGCUCCUGAAGCCACGGUGGCCGACAUGCUGAUGGAGGUUUAUCACAUGGUCACUCUGCGCAUCCAGCUGCAGAGGUCAGAUUUUUCAAAGAUGGAGGACCUCCCCUCUGAACAGUGGAACCACACGACGGUGAGGAACGCUCUCAAAGAUCUGCUGAGGGAGAUGAACCAAAGCACUCUGGCCAAAGAGUGUCCGCUGUCACAGAGUAUGAUUUCCUCCAUCGUGAACAAUUCCUACUACGCCAACGUCUCCACCGCCAAAUGCCAGGAGUUUGCUCGUUGGUACAAGAGAUAUAAAAAUAUGAAAGUAGAUUACUUGGAGAAGAUGUGGUCUGGACGAGAUGCUGCUGAAAUUAAAAUAGAGAGAGACAACAUGGCGGACUUCUGCGUGCUGGGCCAGAGACUCCCCCCUCCUCACCUGUCCGGCCUGGCUCAGCUCGUGCACCUGGGGUCCGGCAGCCCCCUCCUUAAGGCUGGAGACCCUCAGAAUCCCUCACAGCAUCCUCUUACCCCCCAACAACAACAACAACAACAACCCUCUCCUCACGGCCCGAUGCACCACAGCCCCCCCCUCCGAACGGGUCUGGUUCCUCACCCUCCUCCCCCCUCCCUGCUGGGUCCAGGUGGGCUACUUUCCCCCCAACUUUCCCCUCAACUGGUGCGACAACAGCUCGCCAUGGCCCACCUCAUCAACCAGCAGCUAGCCGUUAGCCGCCUGCUAGCCCACCAGCACCCACAGGCCAUCAACCAGCAGUUCCUCAACCACCCGCCCAUCCCUAGGGGGUCCAAAAUGGGAGGAGAUCAUCCAGGGAGCAACGCCUCCAACCCCGCAGACGUCUCCUGUGAAAUCUACCAGCAGGUCAGAGACGAGCUGAAGAGAGCUAGUGUCUCGCAGGCCGUGUUCGCCCGUGUGGCUUUCAACCGCACACAGGGUCUGCUGUCAGAGAUCUUGAGGAAAGAGGAAGACCCCCGCACGGCCUCUCAGUCUCUGCUGGUGAACCUGAAGGCUAUGCAGAACUUCCUGAACCUGGCGGAGAGCGAGAGAGACCGGAUCUACCAGGAGGAGAGAGAGCGCACCAUGAACCCCACGGUGGGCCUCCCCGCCUCCAACUCCUCCAGCCCCGGAGCCCCUCGCCUCUCUCAGAAGGUGUGGGAGAGGGGCCUGGAGGACCAGCUCACUCCUGAUACCUGGGCCUCCAUCUGGAAGAACAAGACUAAGAUCUCCAGCUUGCCCAAGCCCCCCGGCCCGGCCCCUGAUCUCCCUCUGAAGCUGGAGUCUCUGGUCAGCAUCACAUCAGGAAUCUACGACGAGAUCCAGCAGGAGAUGAAGAGAGCCAAGGUCUCCCAAGCGCUGUUCGCUAAGGUGGCCGCCAACAAGAGCCAG